AUGUCUCCUUUCUUAAUCACCAUCGGUGGUAGGACCAUCCACUUUGGGCUCUUUUUGCUGUUUUUUCUCAGUCUCUCCCUGCUCACGUUGGCAGCUCGGCCCAAAGGCCCAGGCCAUACGCAUCUAAACUCGAUUCGCAUUGAUGGAGACAUCUCCCUGGGGGGUCUGUUUCCAGUUCACGCACGAGGCCAUAACGGCAAACCCUGUGGAGAGCUAAAAAAGGAGAAAGGGAUCCAUCGUCUUGAGGCCAUGCUUUUUGCAUUGGAUCGCAUUAACAACGACCACGAGCUUCUACCUAAUAUCACCCUGGGUGCUCGUAUUCUGGACACCUGUUCGCGGGACACGCAUGCUCUGGAACAGUCGCUCACUUUUGUCCAGGCGCUCAUCGAGAAGGAUGGGACAGAUGUUAAAUGCCAGGGUGGGGGCUCACCCAUCAUCACCAAGCCGGAGAGAGUCGUCGGGGUGAUUGGUGCUUCGUCCAGCUCUGUGUCCAUCAUGGUGGCUAACAUUCUCCGCCUCUUUAAGAUCCCCCAGGUGAGCUAUGCUUCCACAGCACCAGAACUGAGUGACAACACACGCUACGACUUCUUCUCCCGAGUCGUCCCACCAGACACCUACCAGGCCCAGGCCAUGGUGGACAUUGUUCGACACAUGGGCUGGAACUACGUCUCCACCGUGGCCUCAGAGGGAAAUUAUGGAGAAAGCGGGGUGGACGCCUUCAUCCAGAAGUCUCGUGAGGAUGGGGGUGUUUGCAUCUCCCAGUCAGUUAAAAUCCCCCGAGAGCCCAAACCGGGAGAAUUUGACAAGAUCAUUCACCGACUAGGAGAAAAUCCAAAUGCCAGAGUGGUUAUUAUUUUUGCAAAUGAGGAUGAUAUAAGGAGGCUCUUACAGGCAGCAAAAAAAGCCAAUCUGACCGGUCACUUCUUGUGGGUAGGAUCAGACAGCUGGGGUUCUAAGAUUUCUCCCGUGCUUCAUCAAGAGGAGAUGGCUGAAGGUGCAGUCACCAUACUGCCCAAGCGCCAGUCCAUUAAAGGGUUCGAUCGUUAUUUCAUCAGCCGAACAUUGGAAAAUAACAGAAGAAACAUCUGGUUUGCUGAGUUCUGGGAGAACAAUUUCAACUGCAAGCUCAACCGCCACGCUCUGAAAAAGGGAUCGGGCAUAAAGAAAUGUACAAAUCAGGAGAGAAUCGGUAAAGAUUCAGCAUAUGAACAAGAGGGCAAAGUGAUGUUUGUGAUUGAUGCGGUGUACGCCAUGGCCCACGCCCUCCAUAACAUGCACCGUGACCUGUGUCCUGGCAAGGUGGGACUUUGUUCCAGAAUGGACCCUAUCGAUGGGUCACUUCUUCUGAAGUACAUCCGUGAUGUCAAGAUAACAGGGAUAGCUGGCAACCCAGUGCAGUUCAAUGAGAACGGAGAUGCUCCUGGUCGUUAUGAUAUCUAUCAGUACCAGAUAAAUAACACAACUGCAGAGUACAAAAUCAUUGGCCAAUGGACGGACGAGCUUAUCCUAAAUAUGCCAGAGAUUCAGUGGCCAGGUGGCGUGAGGCAGGUACCAUCCUCCAUCUGCAGCCAGCCCUGCAAACCAGGCUGGCGCAAGAAGGUUGUGAAGGGGAUUCCCUGUUGCUGGCACUGUGAGCGCUGCGACGGAUACCAGUACCAGGCCGACCAGUUCACGUGCAAAAUGUGUCGCUUUGAUUUGUGUCCCAACAAGAACCACACAAGUUGCCAGCCAAUACCUAUCAUCAAAUUGGAAUGGAGCUCACCAUGGGCCGUCAUACCUGUUCUCAUUGCCAUCAUGGGCAUCAUGGCCACCUUGUUUGUGGUGGUCACCUUCGUACGCUACAAUGACACCCCGAUCGUGAAGGCGUCAGGACGAGAGCUUAGCUAUGUCCUGCUGACAGGCAUCUUUCUUUGUUAUGCGACUACGUUCCUGAUGAUUUCUGCCCCGGAUGUUGGGAUCUGCUCACUCCGGCGCAUAUUUUUAGGUCUGGGAAUGAGCAUCAGCUAUGCUGCUUUGCUCACGAAGACCAAUCGAAUUUAUCGUAUUUUUGAGCAGGGUAAGAUGUCUGUAAGUGCCCCACGGUUUAUCAGCCCAGCUUCUCAGCUGGUGAUCACCUUUAGUCUGAUCUCAGUUCAGCUAUUAGGGGUGUGUAUCUGGUUUGUCGUGGACCCUCCUCAGGCUUUUGUGGACUACGAGGACCAGCGCAUGGCAAACCCGGAGCUGGCACGAGGAGUGCUGAAGUGUGACAUCUCGGAUUUGUCGCUAAUCUGCCUGCUGGGGUACAGCAUGCUGCUGAUGGUCACAUGCACAGUCUAUGCCAUAAAGACACGUGGAGUACCAGAGACCUUCAAUGAGGCUAAGCCUAUUGGUUUCACCAUGUAUACCACCUGCAUCAUUUGGCUGGCCUUCAUACCUAUUUUCUUCGGCACAUCGCAGUCCACUGAAAAGAUGUACAUUCAGACCACAACUCUGACCAUCUCAGUCAGUCUGAGUGCCUCAGUGUCUCUGGGAUUGCUCUACAUCCCCAAAAUCUAUGUGGUGCUUCUCCAUCCUGAACAGAACGUGGCCAAGCGCAGCACUCGCAGCCUAAAAGCUGUGGUCACUGCUGCAACCAUGUCUAAUAAAUUUAACCCCAAGGCUAGCCUGCGACCCAACGGAGAGGCCAAGACCGAGCUGUGCGAGAACCUGGAAACUCAAGGACUUACCCCCAAACAAACAUACAUCAGCUAUAGCAACCAUGCAAUCUAG